AUGCUCUCAGCUCGCCUGCUACGACGUCAGCUGCUGUCCAGCGCGCGCUGCCCGCCCUCGGCCCUGCGCCAGCUGCACGCGGCCCCAAAGGAGAAGCUCUUCGAUAAGAUCCUGGUGGCCAACCGCGGCGAGAUCGCCGUACGCGUCAUGCGCACGUGCAAGAAGCUGGGCAUUAAGACAGUGGCCGUGUACUCAGAGCCCGACGUGAACUCAGUGGCCGUGCGUAUGGCUGACGAGGCCGUGUGCGUCGGGCCCGCGCCGUCGAGUCAGAGCUAUCUGAGCAUCCCAAAGAUCGUGGAGGCCGUCAAGGCCACUGGCGCGCAGGCUGUGCACCCGGGCUACGGCUUUCUAUCGGAGAAUAAAGACUUCUGUGAGGCCUUGGAGGCCAUUGGAGUGGCGUUUAUCGGUCCUGGCCACGAGGCCAUCCAGGCCAUGGGCGACAAGAUCGAGUCCAAGCAGUUGGCCAUGGACGCAGGUGUCAAUACGAUCCCAGGCUUCCUCGGGGAGAUCGACACGCCCGAUGAGGCAGUCAAAGUGGCCCAGGAGAUCGGAUAUCCGGUCAUGAUCAAGGCCAGUGCCGGCGGAGGCGGCAAAGGCAUGCGCGUCGCCUACAACGACGAAGAGGUGCGUAUGGGCUACCGUCUGUCGAAGGAGGAGGCGGCCAGCAGCUUCGGAGACGACAGGAUGUUCCUCGAGAAGUUUAUCGAAGACCCACGUCACAUUGAGAUCCAGUUAAUCGCAGACUCGCACGGCAACGUGGUGGCCUUGCCAGAGAGAGAAUGCUCCAUCCAACGCCGUAACCAGAAGGUUAUUGAAGAAGCGCCGAGUGUGCUGCUGGAUCCGGAGACGAGAUUGGCCAUGGGCAAACAGGCCGCGAUGCUAGCCAGGAAGGUGGGCUACGUAAGUGCCGGUACGGUCGAGUUUCUGUGUGAUAAGCACAAGAAUUUCUACUUUUUGGAGAUGAACACGCGUCUACAAGUGGAACAUCCCGUCACGGAGCUGAUCUCGAAGGUGGAUCUGGUGGAACAGAUGAUCCGCGUGGCGGCCGGCCAUGAACUGCCCAAGGAGUUGGUCAAGGGGCCAGUAAAGAUCCACGGCUGGGCUAUGGAGAGCCGAGUGUACGCUGAAGACCCACUGCGCGGCUUCCUGCCGUCUAUCGGGCGACUUCUGCAGUACGAGGAACCUGCUCACCUCCCUGGUGUGCGUGUGGACUCUGGAGUGAACGAAGGCAGCGACAUCUCCAUGUUCUACGAUCCAAUGAUCUCCAAGCUCAUCACGUACGGCAAGGAUCGUCCUGAAGCCUUGAAUCGCAUGAAGACGGCGUUGGACAACUACGUUAUCCGCGGUCCUGGCAACAACGUCUCCUUCCUACAAGAUGUCUAUCGUCAUCCUCGUUUCGUGAGCGGAAAAAUCACCACGAAAUUCAUCGAGGAAGAGUAUCCGGAUGGAUUCGAUGGUGUGAAGCUGACAGCACCCGAAGUUGAGGAUCUCCGCGUCGUCGGAGCCAUCAUGCACUUGAAGAAGGCGAUGGCCAGUAGCCAGAUCUCGGGUCGUAUUCAAUCGACACCUGCAGAAGGUUUCGGCUCGUUCGACUCGCUUAACGAGGACGAGCUGGAGUUUAUUUCUAACCGAGCGGGAGUUGUUCCUCGUCUGCGAGCGAUCGCCCCCGGUCUAUCGUCUAAGGAUCUGAUCGCUCUAGCUGAACGCAACGACCUCAAGAACUUGGGAGCUCAGCUGUCUGUUAGUAUUGACGGGCCAUUUGGAGAGUCCAAGCCUGUGGUUGUAGUGGAAGUCGAGGUCGAGAACAAGCGACACCGUACCGAAACAGCGACGCUGGCUUUGGUGGACAACAAGUGGCACGUUGUGGGCAAUGUGGAUUGGUCACUCAACGGGCCGCUGUUCAAGGCGUCGUACGCAAAGCAGGACGGAGCAGCUGACCAGCCGUUGGCGUCUCAAAUGCUGCAGACACUGCCCGAGGGAUUCCGUCUUCAAUUCCACGGCGCUGUCCACGACGUGGUUGUGCGAAAUGAGCUGGAAGCUGCGUACGGGAAGCACAUGCAGCCGAAGCCCGAGGUCGACACGUCCAACUUGUUGCUAUGUCCAAUGCCUGGUAUGCUCAUUUCAGUGGCAGUGGAGGUCGGCCAGGACGUGGAACUCGGCCAAGAACUGGCCGUCGUGGAAGCCAUGAAGAUGCAGAACGUACUUCGUUCCGAAAAGAGAGGCGUCAUCAAGAGCAUUAAGCGUGCUGCAGGCGACUCCCUCAAGGUGGACGAGAUCAUUCUGGAGUAUGAAUAA